GAGUGGCGGCUAGGGUUCGCCAACCAAGUCGCCUAACGAGUCUGAAUAUAUAUAAGCACACUUUUCAUGUCAAUAAUUGUAAGUUUCAAGGCAACUAAGCAUUUUUAUCGAUCUUUUUUUUUUUGCGGAAAACACAUUUCUAUCCAUCGGGUCAAUGGGGGUGAUUAUUGGUAAAGUAGUGCAUGUAAGUCUGAAGUUAAAUCACGAUUUUCCUUUCAACAACAAGAAUAUCAAUGAGCAGAAGAGACUUUUUCAAUAAAAUUCAGAAUGAUUUUUUGCAGCCAAAAUUGUUGACGGAAGCAACGGGGAUGUUGCAGUGGAUUCCUACCAUUUUUACAAGGAAGAUGUGCGCCUCAUGAAGGAUAUGGGAAUGGAUGCAUACAGGUUCUCCAUAUCAUGGACAAGGAUUCUUCCAGAUGGGACUCUGAGAGGUGGAGUCAACAGAGAAGGCAUUGAGUAUUACAACAACUUGAUUAAUGAGCUAUUAUCAAGAGGGGUGCAGCCAUUUGUGACCCUUUUUCACUGGGAUUCACCCCAGGCAUUAGAAGAUAAAUACGGAGGGUUUCUUAACCCUAAUAUCAUAAACGACUAUAAGGAUUACGCUGAAGUCUGCUUCAGGGAGUUCGGGGACCGAGUGAAGCACUGGAUCACAUUCAAUGAGCCCUGGGCCGUGAGCGUUGCGGGCUAUGCAAUGGGCGUGCUUGCGCCAGGUAGGUGCUCGCCCUGGGAGAUGGGGAAAUGCAGCGCUGGAGAUUCAGCAAGUGAGCCUUACACAGUAUCCCACCAUCAGCUACUCGCCCAUGCGGCGGCCGUCAAAUUAUACAGAAAGAAAUAUAAGGUCGUUCAGAAGGGGAAGAUUGGGAUAACUUUAGUCUCAGCCUGGUUUGUUCCUUUCUCCCGUUCAGCCUCCGACAGUGAUGCAGCAAAGCGUGCUACAGACUUCAUGCUUGGAUGGUUUAUGGACCCCCUAACCAGAGGAGACUACCCAUUGAGCAUGAGAAGAAUUGUCAGAGAUCUCUUGCCGCGGUUCACCAAACAACAAUCUAAAUUGGUCAAGGGUGCAUUCGACUUCAUUGGUAUCAACUACUACACUGCAAACUAUGCUGAUAACCUUCCACCAUCAAAUGGCCUGAAGAGCUACAAUACAGAUGCCCGAGCUAAUCUUACCGGUGUUCGAAAUGGUGCCCCCAUAGGUCCUGAGACUGGUUUACCUUGGCUCUACGUCUACCCUCAAGGGUUACGUCAUCUGUUGCUUUAUGUCAAGGAGAAGUAUGGCAAUCCUACAAUCUACAUCACCGAAAAUGGCCUCGGUGAAACCACCACCAACACGAGCCUACCACUUGCGGAAGCACUGAAGGACGAUGCGAGGAUAGAGUACCACCACAUGCACCUUGUUGCCUUGUUGAGUGCGAUCAGGUCGGACAACUCCAACUCUGUCAACAACCUUGAAAUCUUAUACUUAUCUGACAGUGGAUUAAUUGCUUACGUUUGUCAGGGACGGGGCAAAUGUGAAGGGGUACUUCGCGUGAUCGCUGCUGGACAACUUUGAGUGGGCGACCGGGUACACGGUGCGCUUUGGGUUACACUUCGUGGACUACGGUGAUGGGCGAAAGCGGUACCCCAAGCGCUCCGCCGGCUGGUUCAAGAGGUUCCUGAAGGGAUGAGCUCAUAAAAUUAUUUACUACUCCUAAAGCUAAAGCAGCAACAAGUAAUAUGAAUCGGAGAGAGUAGCAACCAGCCAGAAGAAUGGAGUAGGUCGUUUAUCUGUGUUUCGUUCUGUAAACUGUACCCCAAGGAUUCCUUCACUGAAAUCCAGUUCUUUCUAUA